AUGAGCACACACGAUCGAUCCAGCAAUGGGACAGCAAGGACAACGACACAUGAGUCUUUGGAUGACGACUUGGUGGAAGCACAGAAGGACCCAGACUAUCUCAAGCUAUUGAAGCAGCUGGAUGACACGUAUAACCAGAAGGUGGAGGAGAGUGAGCUACGACGACAACAUGAAGUCUCUUCAAUACGGCAUUGGUGCAGGGUCGAGCGACAAGAAAUCCAUAAGACGUACAAUAAUGCCGUCAAGAAUGAACGUCAGCGGAUAAAAAAAGAGAUAUUAGAAAAGAUUGCAUACCUCGAGGCAGAAAUGGAAGCAUUGAAGAAUAGCGAAUAA